AAAUGCGACUGCUCGACAACCGGAAGUGUGCGACAACAGUGCAAUGUACUGACUGGUGAGUGUCUAUGUCAGACCGGAUACACGGGCGAAAAAUGCAACAAAUGCGAUCACGGAUAUUACGGAUAUCCGAAAUGCAGAAGGUGCAGCUGCGAUCUACGUGGAACGGACACGAAUUCCGGCAUUUGCAACGCUGAAGGUUUAUGCCAAUGCAACAGCGAUGGAUCAUGCCCUUGCAAGGCAAACGUCGGUGGAAAGCUUUGCAAUCGAUGCAACAACGGAACUUUCGGUUUGCACGAAGAAAAUCCCGAUGGAUGCACUAAGUGCUUCUGCUUUGGAAGAUCUUCGUCUUGCGAUGAAGCCGGGUUUACUUGGAGGAAGAUCAGGGGAGAAAACAGAACGUUGACUGUUGAUUUCACUGGAUCACCGGUUAGGUCGAAGAGAAGUAAAUAUUUUUCGAACGACAUCGUGGAUCUGAACAGCUUCGAGGAGUUGCCAUUAGCACCUGCGAAUUUAACGAAAACUUACGAUCGAUACGAGAACCCAAUAUAUUGGCGGCUUCCCGUUAAAUUUAACGGAGACAAGAUAUUAUCGUACGGUGGAUAUUUGCGCUUCGUUUCGGAAACCGUGGACGCAACCGAAGCAGAUGUUUUCGCCAGUUAUCCAUUGGUGAGAAUCGAAGGAAACGGUUUCAAAAUAAUCAAUAAUCAAUUGACCAAUCCAACAAACGGCAACUACGAAAUCCGCUUACAUGAAUCGCUCUGGAAGAGGAUCCAUUCGGAACAUACGGUUGUUACCAGGAAGAUUCUAAUGCUGACGUUACAGAACGUCACAGGGAUCUUCAUUAAAGCAACGGAUUUCGCAUCUUUCCAUAAGCUCAAUUUGUCUUCAUUGAGUUUGGAUACAGCCGACGAUGUUCCUGGAAGACCACCUCCACUUGCUUUGGGCGUCGAGAAAUGCGUGUGCGACCCAAAAUAUACCGGACCGUCCUGCCAGAACCCCAACGUAGGUUAUUACAGGAAAAGACCGGUGAAUCCCGACCAUCAAACUAUUAACAUUGACGCAAUCAUCGGUAUAUCGGUGCCUUGCAUGUGCAAUAGUAGAUCAUCAAUAUGCGAUUCGGAAACUGGUCAUUGUCUGGAUUGUUUAAAGAACACUGCUGGUAAAGCUUGCGACGUUUGCUCGGAAGGAUUCUAUGGGAAUCCGAUGACUCCUAAUGGGGAAUGCAAACCUUGCGCUUGUCCGAGCAUCAAACAGAAUUUUGCGAAAAGCUGCACUCCAAAAUCUAGGAACAAAUUCUCUUGCGAAUGCAAAGAUGGAUAUACUGGUCCGAUGUGCAACUCUUGCAAAGCUGAGUUCUACGGUAAACCCAACGUUGAAGGAGGAAGUUGCAAACCGUGCGAUUGCAACAGGGAAGGAUCAUUGCACAAUAUUUGCAACGCAAUCACCGGACAAUGUCUAUGCAAAAAGGGAAUCACAGGUUUGAAAUGCUCGCAGUGCGAGGAAUCUAGGCAUAUCCUAGAAAACAACAAAUGUACUCAAUGUGACGACUGCAUUCAAAUCUUAUUGGAUAACAUCGAUGAUAUGUCCAACGAUUUGAUGAUCAAUACCAUGCAUCUUCAGAAUGGUACGCUGCAACCGCCUUGGCAAAGUUUACAUAACACGAAAAAGCGCUACAUUAAUCUGGAAGAUCUUCUGGAAGAUUACGAUGCGAACCGUGAGCAGAUCACUUCGUUUAUCAAAAAGGACGAAGUGAACGAUUUGGAAAGGGACAUCGCUUUAUUGGAAAAGAAUGUGGAUGAGAAAAGUGAUAAUUUGAGCGACGUAAAGAUAAAGGCUACGAGAAAUUACGAAACCGCCACGAAAUUGGCUAAAGAUAUUAAGGAAACGAGGCGCGAGUUGAACGAUGUUAUUACGUCUUUAAAGAGCUUCGGUAAGAACAAAAUCGAUUUAGAGGCAGCUUUGGAGAAGGGCAAUAAGUUGUUGAAGGAUAUCGAGAAGAAGCAGAAAAUCAUAAGUGGUUACGCGAAGAAAAGCGAUUCGACUUCAAAAUUAUGCAAGAAGGUCAACGAUAUGGCGAAACAUCUAUUAUCCAGAAAAUUCCCAGAUCCGAGCGAACUCAGAUCAAAGAUCGAUAAUUUGAAUAUGAGAUUAAGUGAUAUGGAGAUGUUAAUCAAUGAUAUACGUAUAAAGAACGAUUUGACAACUAGGAAAACCAUGCAGAAUGAGGAGGAUUACAAUAGUAUUUCUAAAUUACUGAUGGAAAUGAACAGAGACUACGCAGAUGUAACAAAGAAAAUUGAAGAGAACAAUGAGCAGGUCAAGGCGACACACGAUAUUUUGAACAAAUUGCAAGAGAACUACGACAUAUUCACUGAGCACUUCGACGAGCUUUACGAUCUGAAUAGGAGGCUUGAAAGCCGCGAAGAGGAGUUGGAUAAAACCAUCGAUAAUCUUACAGAAUACAGGAAUCAGAUUGCGAAGCACGUGGAGAGUUUGGAGAAGAACAUCACGGAAUACAAUACGUUGUUCAAUUUCACUACCAAAGAGAUGGAUGCUUUGGCGGCAAGCAAAGGUUUCAAAAUCAUUAUGCAGACUUUGAAAGAAGCCAACAGAACUGUGCAUGAAGCACGAUCCGAGUUCGAAGAUAUCCUGAAGAACAGUUUGGUACCGGAUGGCACUGAUAGCAUUUACGUAAAUACAUCAAUUGCGAACGCCAACUCGGAACGACUUGUCAAGAGGGUUGAAAAUCGUAUGAAACAAAUCGCCGAAGCUCGGAUGAAGUUGCACAGGCAAAUUCCUGAUAUUGAAGGAAACAACUGGAGGAACGGUAUUAACAACAACGAGUUAUCAGAGAAAGUUAGGCAGAUGCUAAGGAACAACAAGAGCAAAAUUAAUAUAGAAGAUAUCAUAGAGCAGGCAAACAGUCAUAGUAUAAACAUGAGGAAUAUCUAUAAAGAAGCAAUGAACAUCAAUGUUACAAUGCAGCACGAUCUGAUCAAGAAAUACGAGAAGUGCAAAAAUCUCACAUCACCAGAAAAUACCAAGAAAAUUCAGGAAGAUAUGCAUUUAGUUAAAAUUCUUGGUAUUAACGCAACUGCAGCUCAAAAGAAUAUCAUGUCUUUAGAGCGUCAAAUGACUGAGGUGAAGCAACAAAACGAUGAGAACUUCAACAGAGACCGGUCCAAGUUGGAGCAGAGACUCGCUAAAUUGAGAAACACCAUCCUCAAAACUGAACAAAUAGCCUCAACGAUUUUUGUGGCCAUCAGCGGCGAUGAUUGCUCUCGUUCCUACAAACUAAUUAACUUGGAACCAUCCGUGCAAACAGACGUAAAGGUUCUAUUCGUUAAAGAUGAUUUUGUUGGUGAUCUGUUUACAAUCAAGAAUCAAGAGCAGUACAUGAAUUUGAAAAUCGAUGAAACACAAGCACAUCUUCAUUGGAAAUUUGGCAAAACCGAGCAUCAACUCGUUGCGAAUAUCAACAAUGCCGAUAACGAAGUUUUAAUUCAUAGAAUGGGAAGUAGCAUGCACCUAACUGUAAACGGUAAAAACCAGAUGAAAGAGUUGGAGUCCGAUAUAUUUGAUUUGAAUCCAAAUAAUUUGCUAAGGAUCGGAAUGGAUUAUAACAAUAAAGUAACUGGGAUUCCGGGAUGCUUGAAAGAGCUUGCUAUUAAUGGUCAGAAGGUUGGAUUCUGGAAUUUCGUGAAGACUCAAGGAAAUUGCGCGGCCUGCCAAAAGAAUAAUACCGGAAUAACCGGGAAUAUUAAGUAUAGGUAUAACGGUAAUGGAUAUGCAAUAACCGUAGCUCCGGAAAGAGUCAAACCCCAACAAAUCAACAUCAAGUUCAAAAUUUGGACAUUUGACGAAGAUGCGCUUCUAUUAGUGGCCUAUCACGAUGAUAGCUACAUCAAUAUAUCUCUGCAAAAAGGGCGGAUAGCUUUCGAAAUGCACUACAAGAAUUCGACGAUAGAACCUCUAAUUGUUAUUACCAAAGAGAAAUACAAUAACGGAAAGCAGACUCAGAUUGUUUUCGAAAAGGAAUUUAAGAAGAUGUUCGAUCUCAUAAAAUGCACUGUGACUGGUGAAAAGGUAGAGAAUCUCAGCAACACAAGGACCGGAGUCCGACCGAAUGACCUCUUUAAGAUUAAAAAAGCCAAUUUGACCUUUGGAGGAAUUCCGCCCGAUAGCAGCUUCUUCUCUCAAUUUGCUCAUAUACCGCCGUUCUUGGGGAUUUUAGGUGAAAUUACCACUGAUGGCACUCCUUAUAAUCUUCAAGAAACGGCUAAUUAUGGUAUAGAGCUGCAGAGUGAUGAUAGGGUCAAGUAUUCACAAAUUUUAUUCAGUGAGGGUAAUUACGUGAAAUUGAAAACUACUGCGAACACUAUCACCAAUUUCUCGUUUGUACUACGAACGGAGGUGUUGGACGGUUUUGUGAUGAACCUGGUUAUAGAUGAAGAAGUUGUGCUGCAGUUCACAUUGGAAAACGGGAAAUUGGUUGUUUCUCAAGCAGGUUCCCCAUCAAAAUUACUGACCAUUGAGCCAAUCAACGAUGAUAAAUACCAUCUGAUUCAGUACAUCAGACAGAAGACCAACUCUAAAUUAGUACUCGACAGUGUGCAGCAGAUGAAAGCUAAAACACAACAUUCUCAAACUGGAAGUGAAAUUAUUUUAAACAUCGGUGGACUCGAGAAUAAAGCCAAUAAAUUUGAAGGACUCGUGAAGGAUGUUUCGUUGAAUAACAAUUUGAUCACCGUCAAUAGGGAGACUUAUGUUAAUAGCGAUGGGGCGAAAAUCGGAAGAUCGAAGCCCCAAAAUCUUGAGAAACAAGAGGAAAGUGACGAAGAGAGCGGAAUGGAAAAUGCGACGAUGGAAGACAUGCAACAGAUUGAUGGAUGCGAAAAGAUCAGCUAUAGUUUGGAGCCGAACGCCAUCAAAUUUGGAGAUGCGCCCAACAGUUUUGUGCGUAAAAUGUUAAAGGAUAGCUUCUGGAAACGCGAGUUUAAGAUCGAGUUCGAAUUCAGGACGUUCUACAAGAACGGUCUAUUGAUUUUGGCGCAGGGACCCAAUGACUAUAAUUUGUUGGAAAUUAAGAACGGUAAAGUCGAGUUCCGAAUGCAUGGUAAGAGGAAGAAGCAACUGUCGAGUACUUUAAAAAUUGACGACGGUAAUUGGCAUCACGUUGUAAUUCAGUACGCCGCUAAAACUAUGAAGAAUAAGAGGAAGUUUAUGGAAUUGGAAGUUGAUGGAGUAAUGCAGAAGGUUAAAGCUCCGCCGAGCAGAGUUACCGGAAGCCUGUACUUCGGGGACACUGAUGAACGGAAAGUGAUGGAUAAACUUCAACCAUUCCGAGGUUGUUUACGUUCGUUGAAGAUUAAUAAUGUUCCUCAAAGUUUGAUCAAUGACAAGACUACUGUUCAUCAUAAUAUAGGUCAAUGUUUCCCGAACAUAGAGAAAGGAUCCUACUUCAGGGGAGAUUCCUACGCGUUGUACAAACGCUACUUUGGCUUGUCGAAUUCGCUCGAGUUCAGUUUCAAUUUCCGGACGACCGAACAGAAUGGUGUUUUAGUGAGCAUAUCGAACAUCGGCAAUUCUCCGGCUUUGUCGAUCGAACUGCAAAAUGGAGCUAUCGUUAUGUCCGUCGACAUGGGAAGCAGAUCCGUGACGAAUGUUACCAAUAACUUACCAAAAUUCACCAUUUGCAACAACAAGUGGCACCACGUAGCCGCAAAGCUGUCCACCGAAUUGACCGUAAUUGUUGAUGGAGUCGAGAAGAGUUGGGUGCUAUCCGACAUGGGUCUUUCUGAGCAAAUCGAGGCACCCUUGUAUAUUGGAGGAUUACCAGAUUCCGCUCCAGAUGGAACGCUAAAGAUACGUGAAAAUUUCAAAGGAUGCAUCAACAAUUUAACGAUCGGUUCGGACGUCGUCGAUUGGAUCGAUAUGGAGGAAUUGAACAAUGUUUCGCUCAACUCUUGUCCAGUUAUAUUACAGUAAAAUACCAAAAAGAAGAAAAACAAACUAAACACUAGAGGCAUACCCAACGGUUGAUGCCUUGAUUGUAGACAGUGGAAGAGGAUUAAAAGUAUUAAAAUUCAUACAAAUGUA